CUGUCAUUGAUGUCAGUGCAGAAAAUCUGGUAACUCUGAUAAAUUCGCUAAACAGGCCAGAGAGGAGAUCAUAUAUUUUUCCACAAAACUACAGAUUUAUUACUCGUUUUUCCCUAUCCAUUUCUCGUUCAUUUAAACAUUUGCUACUAUCAUCUUAAAGAUUAAAAAUGGCACGUGGACAUCAAAAACUUCAAUCGCAAGCCAAGACUCAAGAAAAAACUGCCAAACUUAAGAAACAACAGGGACACAGUGCUACAGAACAGAAGAAAGCCGCUCAGAAAGCCUUGGUUCAUGCCUGCGCCGUGUGCAAGGCACAAAUGCCCGAUCCGAAAACAUACAAGCAGCACUUUGAAAACAAGCAUCCCAAGAAUGACCUACCGGUUGAAUUAAAAGACGUGGUUGCCUAACACAGCGUCGGAUGCAUCGAAUUUACAAGUUUAAUUAAAUUUCUUUCCCUUUUUCUUCAUUUGAUGAGAUAUUGAUAUUCCUGACUGCAUUUCACAUUGGAAAUGAUAAUUUGGUGCGUUGUGCGUUCGGAAUAGGAAAUUGCUUUUCUUGAAUGUAAUAAAAACCAUUUGAUUUUUUUAAUUAUUUCAAAGACAAAAUAAAUGUAAUCUUUCAACAGCACUGACUAAA